AUGUUCAAUCAUUUCAAAAUGUUGAAUCAACCCACACCAACCGUCUUCAUUGCAAUGCUAAUUGCAUCCCUCCUCCACAUGGUUGCCGCCAUCAACCCUGCGACGACGGUGGGCGGCGGAGAACCAGUCCUCGAGCUUUACAUGCACGACAUUCUGGGCGGCAGCAACCCCACCGCCCGACCGGUAACUGGCCUGCUAGGGAACAUUUAUAGCGGCCAGGUGCCAUUCGCCAGGCCGGUAGGGUUCCUCCCUCCGAAAGGCGGGGUAGCAAUUCCCAACGCAAAUGGUGCCCUGCCAACUGUCAGUAUCAAUGGCGUUCCCUUGGGAACUGGAUUAGCUGGCACGACUUUUGCCGGAAACUCUAAUAACAACGGUAGGUUGUUUGCGACCCAAUUAGGGCCGGACGGGUUGGGACUAGGGUUUGGAACAAUCACCGUUAUUGACGAUAUAAUGACCUCUUCUCCUGAGUUGGGGUCACAGUCUUUGGGGAAAGCCCAAGGGAUCUACGUGGCGAGCUCUGCUGACGGAUCCACUCAGAUGAUGGCAUUCACGGUUAUGAUGGAAGGUGGUGAGUACGGUGAUAGCCUCAACUUCUUUGGUGUGUACAAGAUCGGGAGCGUUAUGUCAAAACUGUCGUUAACCGGUGGGACCGGCAAAUAUAAGAACGCUUGUGGGUUCGCGGAGGUUCGAUCGCUCAUCCCUGCAGGUCAGCAUGUCACGGACGGCGUGGAGACCUUGUUGAGGAUCACCGUCCAUUUGAAAUACUGAAAUUCAUGUGGUGACAUGAGGAACAAGUGUGUGUUUGCCUGUGUGAAAAUGAAUGUGUUCUUGGUGUGUAGUUUCCUAUGUCGAUGUGACUAUGAGUGCUGGAAUAUUUGCUAUGUAUUUGCUUAAGUUUACCAUUACGGUCAUAACAACAGUUUCGAUUUGCUCUGUU